UGGACACUGAAACAACUGAAUUCAAAAACUAUCAGAAUCACUGACUCGCUCUACCAACGGAGAACGAAAAUGUUUGUGCUGGCUAUCUUCGCUCUGACCUUGACAUUGGCAUCUGCCACCCUGGAGGCCAACUGGCUCAUCUUCAAGGCCAAGCACAACAAGACGUACUCGUCUUUCGAAGACGGGUACCGUCGUUACAUCUGGCAGACAAACCUAAAGAAGAUCGAGGAACACAACGAGCUGUAUAGGUUGGGAAUCAAAAGCUUUUAUCUGCAGGAGAAUAAAUAUGUUGAUAUGACCAGCGAAGAGUUCACCAAAACUAUGAACCGUCUCCGGAUCACAGUGGAACCCGGUAACGCCACCACAGGUUCAUUCAAGCACGACCUGCCCUCGUCAGUCGACUGGCGACAGAAGGGCGUGGUCACCGAUGUCAAAGAUCAAGGUCAUUGCGGGUCAUGUUGGGCUUUCUCCACGACCGGGUCAAUCGAAGGUCAACAUGCCCUGGCCACUGGCGUACUCGUUAGCCUGUCCGAAUCUAAUUUAGUUGAUUGCUCGACAGAAAACCACGGAUGCAAUGGUGGCUUAAGGUCGACAGCUUUUCGCUACGUCAUCAAUAAUAACGGUAUCGAUAGAGAGGCCAGUUAUCCUUAUACGCCUAAGCAAGAUACCUGUGCUUUUUCAAGCGCGGCUGUGGGGGCAAAAAUCAGCUCCUUCAACACUAUAGAAAAGGGCAGCGAGCUCGCUUUACAACAGGCUGUGGCUGGGGUCGGGCCCAUCAGUGUUGCUAUAGACGCCAGUCACCGGUCCUUCCAGCUGUAUGGUGGGGGUGUGUACUCAGAGCCUGCGUGCUCCAGCACAUCACUCGUUCAUGCAGUCCUAGUAGUGGGUUAUGACACAGACGGCGCUCAGGACUAUUGGAUUGUCAAAAACAGCUGGGGUGUAUCUUGGGGACUGAGCGGCUACAUCAAGAUGAUCAGAAACAAGAACAACAAUUGUGGGAUAGCCUCAAACGCUCUGUACCCCAUCGUUUAAAAAUCACGAGAAUCCCUCUCAUUGAAAUAGUUUGCACAUUUUUCCUAAAUCUUUACCCACUAUAACUUAUAUUGCUAACAAAUACAAUACUAAAUAUUUACCCAUAUAAAUUAUCUAGCUGACUACCACAAUACAAAAUCCCUACUCCCUAUAACUUACCUUGCUAACAACCCUAAUACUAAAUAUUAACCCCCUAUAACUUAUAAUGCUAACAUCCACAAUACUAAACCCUUACUCUCUAUAACUUAUCUAGCUUAAAACCACAGUACUUAAUCCUUAAUCCCUAUAACUUACUUUGCUAACAACCACAAUACUAAAUCCUUACUCCCUUAGCUAACCUUACUAUCACACACAAACCUUUGCUUUCCUAUUAAUCAGAUAUCUAUUUUGCUUUAUUUAAAACUUUCCAUGACAUAGCUUAUUGCAGAAUUAUUUACAUGAUACUAUUAUAGUGGUACAGUUAUGCUAAAUGCACCUAGUUGUAAAUUAUAUAUUCAUUUAAUUAAAAAGGAAUUAGUGUAAGUUUUGUUGAUUUUUCUGUUUUUAUUUAUAUUUGUGAUUUUAAUAAAAAUUUACA